CAAGUCUCCAGGACUUUUCCCUUCUCUUCUAAGAUGGCCUUUCUCUCAAUGGCUUCGAUAUAACCAAACUUCUUUUCCUUUUCCACGAUUCCUGCGCAUUCGAGAAUCCAUAGGAGCUCCGGCGAUCGUCGCGUUGUCUGAUCUGUAUACAAUGGCCGAGGAGCGGCAACUGAGGCUAGAUUUGAAGGAGUUGAGCAUCGCCAAGAGACCCCGAGUCGUCUCCUUCCUCGCAUUCGAGAUCCGCGUCCUAGACGCUAAGUUGGCGAGGGUUCCUUCUGCGACAGCGGCAGCACAAAAGGCCGCAGUCUCAGCGGAAAAGGCGCCUGUUGAUGCUGGUGGUUUCAAGCUAUGCCACUCUUGGAUCGUUCAGCUGGGAUCAAGACAAUGACAAGAUAAAGAUCUAUAUAUCUACUGAAGAUGCAGACCAAGAGAAGGUGGAUGCUGUUUUUAAGCCAGUGUCUGUUGACCUCAAAUUGUAUGAUAUUAAUGGGAAGAACUAUCAGUUCUCUAUUCCAAAAUUGAACAAGGAGAUUUCGCCUGACCAGUGUGAGUUGGUAGUCAAACCCACCAAAGUUAUUGCUACUCUUGUCAAAGCUUCCAAGGGAAAUUGGCUGGACCUGCACUUUAAGGAAGACAAGGGAUGCAAAAAAGUAAAUCUUUGGCCAUGGAGGGCCUUUACGGUUUGCAGCUUCUCUCAAAUCUUGACAAAGACAAAGAUCCGAUGGCUGGAAUUAUGGAUUUGAUGAAGAACAUGUAGGAGGAAGGCGACGAUGAGAUGAAGCGAACGAUUGCUAAAGCUUGGUCGGAUGCGAGAUCUAGGAAAACGGCUGCUGAUCCAUUGAAAAAUUACCCACGACAUCAUUUGCCAUAAUGAUGAUGGUUUUAUCUUUAUACUUUACUCCAUUACCCUCCAAUGGAUUGUGAGUACGCCAUGUGUUUAUAAUCGUAUUAUCGUAUAAAAUCGUGGGUUAACCUAUUAAUUUAUCUUUCCUUUCGAGCAAACGCAUCUUGUGG